CGCAACAUACUCUACUCGUCGAGAGCGCCCGAGCAAGCAAGGGGAGCGAGAGAGAUCUUUGACCGGCUCCGGUCUCUGUCGCCCCUCUCCUCUCCUCUCCCUUCCUUCCUCCUCAUCGGCCCGUCGCUGCCACUGGCGGAUUCCCACACGGCCCCCGCCCAGACGCCGCCACCGCUGACCGCGUCCGCACCAAAUCCCCGCGCCGAUUUAACCACCCCACUCCCCCUCCCCACCCUAUCCCCCCAGCCCCCUCUCUCUCCCCACACACCCACACCAGACGCGCACGCCGCCCACCAUUUUCUUGAUUUGGCCCGUUCCCCUCCCUGCUCUGCUCUGCUCUGCCGGCAGAUCUCCUCCGGUCGGCCCCGCUGUCUUUUUUCCUGAUUCCGGAAGAUGGGCAACUGCUGCGCGACGCCGCCGGCGGUGGACGGCGGCGGCGCCGGGAAGCAGCAGCAGCAGCACAAGGAGCCGAAGCAGAGGAAGGGCAAGAAGCCCAACCCUUUCUCGAUCGAGUACAACCGGUCGGCGCCGCCGGGGGCCUCCAGGCUGGUGGUGCUGCGGGACCCCACGGGGACCGGGCGGGACAUCGCCGAGCGGUACGAGCUCGGCGGGGAGCUCGGCCGCGGGGAGUUCGGGGUCACCUACCUCUGCACCGACCGGGACACCCGGGAGGCCCUCGCCUGCAAGUCCAUCUCCAAGAAGAAGCUCCGCACCGCGGUGGACAUCGAGGACGUGCGCCGCGAGGUGGAGAUCAUGCGCCACCUCCCCAAGCACCCCAACAUCGUCACCCUCAGGGACACGUACGAGGACGACAAUGCCGUGCACCUCGUCAUGGAGCUCUGCGAGGGCGGGGAGCUCUUCGACCGGAUCGUCGCCAGGGGACACUACACGGAGCGCGCAGCCGCUGUCGUCACCAAGACCAUCGUCGAGGUCGUGCAGAUGUGCCAUAAGCAUGGAGUGAUGCACCGGGACCUCAAACCAGAGAAUUUCUUGUUUGCAAACAAGAAAGAAACCGCUGCACUGAAAGCAAUUGAUUUUGGCCUGUCUGUUUUUUUCACUCCAGGCGAACGGUUCACUGAGAUUGUUGGAAGUCCUUAUUACAUGGCUCCAGAGGUGUUAAAGAGAAACUAUGGCCAAGAGGUUGAUGUUUGGAGUGCAGGAGUGAUUCUUUACAUUCUUCUUUGUGGUGUCCCUCCAUUCUGGGCAGAAACUGAACAAGGUGUUGCUCAAGCAAUUAUCCGGUCUGUCAUUGACUUUAAAAGAGAUCCGUGGCCAAGGGUCUCAGAUAAUGCAAAAGACCUUGUCAGGGGAAUGCUUAACCCAGAUCCAAGGAGGCGUUUGACAGCUCAGCAAGUGCUUGAUCAUCCCUGGUUGCAGAAUAUUAAGAAGGCUCCAAAUGUCAAUUUGGGUGAAACAGUUAAGGCCAGACUUCAACAAUUCUCUGUGAUGAACAAGUUCAAGAAGCACGCACUUAGGGUCAUAGCUGAGCAUCUUUCGGUAGAAGAGGUGGCCGGCAUAAAGGAUAUGUUUGAAAAGAUGGACCUUAACAAAGAUAGUAUGAUUAAUUUUGAUGAAUUGAAGCUUGGUCUAAAUAAACUUGGCCACCAAAUGCCUGAUGCGGAUGUCCAAAUACUAAUGGAUGCUGCUGACGCUGAUGGAAAUGGGUGCUUAGACUAUGGAGAAUUUGUUACUCUGUCUGUUCACCUGAAAAAGAUCGGCAAUGACGAACAUCUCCAUAAGGCAUUUGGAUACUUUGAUCGGAACAAGAGUGGAUAUAUUGAAAUUGAUGAGCUCCGGGAGUCAUUAGCUGAUGAUCUGGGACCAAAUCAUGAAGAGGUUAUUAAUGCCAUCAUCCGCGAUGUAGACACUGAUAAGGAUGGCAAGAUAAGCUUUGAAGAGUUUGUGGCAAUGAUGAAGGCCGGAACCGACUGGAGGAAAGCCUCAAGACAAUAUUCGAGAGAACGUUUCACAAGCCUCAGCUUAAAGCUGCAGAAGGAUGGAUCGUUGCAGAUAACAAGUACCCAAUAGUAGAUGAUAACGCGGUAGGCAAGUUGUGAAUUCCAGAUGAAAACCAACCUUGUGUAGCUUCCUGGUUUUUUGUUGACAAGUAUUUCUUUUGUUCAUCUGGGUAUUCUGUUGCGCUCUAAUUUUCGCUUGGUAUCCUGAUGAAGCAUUAGUUGAUUGUUGAAGAUUUAUUUUGUAUGUAGACUGUGAUCCAGACCAUCACGAAAAGUACUACGCCUUUGAUGAAAGGUAGAGUGUACAAGAGAAAGAGGAGAAAGUUUGUGGAUGUA